AGCCACCACGGCUUCUGCUGCCCCCUAUCGUGUGGGAGGAGAGGGCGCAGCCCCGGUCGUUAUGGUGAAAUUGGAGGGACGGCGCAGGAGCAGGGCACUGCCGCUACCUGCUUAUUCAGGUUCAUAUCCUCAGAUCUGCUCAGGAGGCACCGGUCAACUCAGCAGGGCCUAACGUAGGCCUGUUUGGCCUGACAGGAGGGCCUGUUUAAGGGGCACAAGGGAAAUUUGGAAAUUUGCAGCUUCCAUGUCUUUGUGGAUUAAGAGAAACAAACUGGAAUAAAGAAGCAAAGUGGUGUGGUGGCAUGGCGGCGGAUCACAGCGAACUGCUAGCUGAGAUGGCCACGGUAGGACGCCUGAGUGCCCCCGACCGGCUGAAGCAUGCCCAGAAGCGCCGUGCUCAGCAGAUGAAGGCUUGGGCUCAGAUGGAAAAAGAAGAAGCACAAGGUGCAAAAGGCAAAGCAGAUAAGAAGAAGGCAUGCACCACCAAAGUGACAUUCCCCAGUGCUGUCGCCCUUCUAGAUGCAGCUGCACGCAAUGACCUGGAGGAGGUAAGGGAGCUGCUCAACAGUGGCGUGAGCCCAGAUCUGGUCAACGAGGAUGGGCUGACAGCCCUACAUCAGAGCUGUAUCGAUGACUUUGGUGAUAUCGUUCAGUGCCUGCUGGAUGCUGGUGCCUGUGUGAAUGCCUGUGACAGUGAGCUAUGGACACCACUGCAUGCUGCAGCCACUUGUGGACACACUGGUCUGGUGCAGCUUCUGAUUCAGUCUGGGGCUGAUGUGCUAGCUGUCAAUGCAGAUGGCAAGAUGCCCUAUGACCUCUGUGAGGAUUUGGCUACCCUCGAGCUGCUGGAUAUGGUUAUGGCUGAACAGGGGAUAUCCCAGGACUAUAUAGAGAAAUGCAGAGGGGCUAAAGAGAACACCAUGCUGGCUGAUAUUCAGGCUUUGGUUCAGAGCGGAGCAGAGUUAAACACUCAGGAUGAAAAGGGAGCAACACUGCUCCAUAUAGCAUCUGCUAAUGGCUACAUGUCUGUGGCAGAGCUAUUGCUAGAGAACAGGGCCGAGGUGGACGUAAAAGAUUCUGAUGGCUGGACACCGUUGCAUGCUGCCUCCUGCUGGGGACAAAUCCAAAUGGUGGAACUGUUAAUUGCCCACGGUGCCAGUCUAAACACAAAAUCUCUCCUAGAGGAGACGCCUCUGGAUGUGUGUAUGGAUGAUGAGGUCAAAGCCAGACUGAUGGACCUAAAGCACAAACAAGAUGCCAUCAUGAAAAGCCAGGACCGGCAGAAGGGCACACUGAAAAGAAUGUCAUCUAGUACUGGCAGCAGUAGUAAGGUGGUGCGUCGGGCCAGUGUGAACGAGCGCUCCAGCCUUUACCGGCGGGAGCACCACAAAGAGGCCAUGGUGUGGCAGGAACGUGGCCGGCAGCCUGAGCCGCAGGAUGAAGAUGAGGACAGACAAACUGAUAAUGAGCUACACCAGCAUGCCACCAUGAUUGCUGGGGGUGCAGCAGUCACACCAUCACAUUCAGAUGAAAAUGAAGCUGCAGACAGUAAAACACUGUUCAGCCUGGGUAAUGGAAGGACACCCGUUUCCACAGCUGCCUCUGUGCCUGGGGAGUUAUGGAGUGGUGGAGGUCUCAUGGAGCACAGUGCCUCCUAUAAGCUUAGGCCUAUAUCUGGAGGAGAGGGCGAAGGGGAAGACAGUAUGACUCGAGAGAAAUCUCACCAAACACUGGCUGACCUGAAACGCCAGCGGGCAGCUGCCAAGCUCAAUAAAUACCCAGAACCUCCACCUCACCUGCCCCCUCCUUUAGAGGAUGAAUCUUCUGUUGCAGCAUCGGAGGUGACAACCACUCAGGCCCAGCCAGAGCUCCAAGUGACGACCAGUACAGAGCCAGUGGCCUCCCCUAGCCAGGUGUACUUCACCCCAGCCAGCGGAGAUCCUCCACUGCUUAAACUCCGAGCCCCUGAGGAGGAUCAGCCUAACAACAAGGAACCUUGCUGUGGACUAAUGUAGACAGCUUGCCAUGCUCAUUCAAACAUAAUGCCUGCAGAUUGGAGAAACUGAGCAUGUCACACUCUCCAGUGGCAGACAUGCUUGGAAAAAUAUAAUUGAAGACUGUAAGUUAAGGUCACAUGCCAAUCAGGGUUGGCUUUACUCUGCAUGUCAGAUAAGUGUUGCACAUGCAGUCUUUUGUGCUUAUUCCAUUGUCUUUUCUUAAUCAAUGUUCAGACACUUUACGCUGGAAGUCCCAGCAUUCCCGACAGGUCCCAGCCUCUUGGUAAGAGGUUGAUCAGAUGGACAGGUAUCUGUAACACUUCUGGUGUUCUUCCAUCAGCACAGGUCAGCCCCGUGGAGCCGUGCUGAGCUGUUUCCAAGAUGGCACAGUUGUUUCCACUGCAUGGUAAAAUGUUUUGGUUUUUUGUUUUUUUUUCGCUCCUGCAUCUUUACACAUGGGGACAGCGUGAGCUGCUCAUAAGUGACACAUAACUCAUGGUGUUGGUGUGGUGAUAUUAACUUGCAGCAUCAGAAGAGCAAGACAAGGACUCCAUUUUUUUAAAUCUUGCUGCAGUGAAAUAAGUGAUAAGUCGUUUCAGCCAAUCAUAUGUCUAGGUGAGUUGUCUCUGUUGAAGGUGGAGGUCGGUCCCACUUGGCCAUGGACACAAGUGGGCCAGCUGAGCCCAGUCAGCACAACCACCCCAUGCUGCUAGGAACACAUGGAAAUGGCUUGGCCCAAUUAAAGCAGGCUGACCCAUGCUGAUGGAAAAACACCACUGGUAUCCCACUGUUGACUGGGAAUAAGACGUUUGUGUUGCAAUCACACGCGGUGAUCUGCUUUUCUUAGUCUUUGUGGUCAUUAUUACAUGACUCUAAGGCCAUGUUUUCUGUACUGACUGACUGCUGUGAAGAUUAUGUGAUCUGCAUUUCAGCACUGACAGAAGCAGGAGGGUUUUUUGAGAGAUUGGUUGGUCAUGAUAGUUUCAGCAUACAGUAGCUAUUUCACAUUUACACAAAGAUGUAAACAAGGACUCUUUUGCUAGAUUUUUUUUGUUUUUCUUGGACUGAAAAUGUACUGAACUUUUAGUCUUUUGUUUUCCAGUGCACAAAAACAUUUCAUAAGUAUAAUGGUGCAAUUUGUAAAUUACUGUAUUUCUCUGUUUCUAUUUUUCUGAGUAGAAUCACAUUAUUUAUUUUAUCCUACAUUGAACCUUGCUCAUGAUGUACAGUUAUUGUAAAUUUUUUCUAAAAAAGUUUAAUAUAAUUCUAUUAAGAGGAAAAAUGUGAAGCAAGAUAGUUUUGUGUAUAGUUUCUUUGUCAAACUAUAAUAUAAUUUAUCAAAGGUGCCUUCUUUUGUGGCAUUUCCUAUAUACAAUGCUGUUCCCAGAAAACUGUAAAUAAAUACAGAUUGCAGUGACUUGCAAAUAGUUUAAAACCUAUAUUUAUACUCUUUGAAGCCAGCAACAGGUUUUAAAGUUGGGACAGGGGCGUUUACCACUGUGUUGCUCUGAAUCACUGAGAACUGAGGAAAACUAUUCUCUUAGUUUUAAAAGAAAAUUGCUUUCCUGUUCUUGCUUGCUAGAGAGUACUGACAACAGCUAGCAAGCAAGAUCAUAUUUCUACCAUAUUAGUUUCUCUUCAUUGGCUCUAAAAUCCAGAACAGAAUUUAAAAUCCUAACAUACAAAGCCCUUAAUGAUCAGGCUCCAUUGUGUCCUAAAGACCUCACAGUAUCAUAUUAUCUCAAUAGAGCACGCCAUUCUCAGAAUGCAGGUCUGCUUGUGGUUCCUAGAGUUUCCAAAAGUAGAAUGGGAGGCAGAGCCUUUAGCUAUCAGGCUCCUCUCCUGUGGAACCAGCUCCCAUUUUGGGUUGGGAGGCGAGCACCCUCUCUACCUUUCAAGGUAAGGCUUAAAGCCUUUUUUUGAUAAAGCUCCUAAUUAGGGCUGGCUCAGGUAGCCCUGAGCCUUCCCUUAGUUAUGCUGCUAUAGGCCUAGUUUGCUGGGGUACUCCCAUGCUCUGACAGCCUCUCCAUGCUAUUACAGUACAAGCCACCAAUGCAUGUCAUUAACUUUGUGUCCUCUCUCUCUCUCUCUCUCUCUCUGUGUGUGUCUUUCUGCAGAUAUUCCCGGCUCUGGAGCUCUAUGUUUCUGAUGAACAGUCACUGUCUGUGUCCUGGUGCUCGUCUUUUCUCUCUCCUCUAGCCAGUCACCCCAACUGGUCUAUCAGAGGUUUCUGUGAAAGGGAGUUUUUCUUUCCCGCCGUCACCAAGUGCUCAUUCUAGAAGAAUUUGUUGGGUUUUACUCUAUAAUCCUGUAAAGUGCCUUGACAUUAUAUUAUUUUAUUUUUGUGAUUUGGCACUAUACAAAAAUAUAAAAAUACAGGACUGCUCAACAGUACAGGGCUUCAUUUGUCAUAUUUUAGCAUCAUUGUGGCUGUUCAGUGUUGGUUUUAAGCCUUAUCCCUUUGCAUACAGAGAUUCCUUUGGAUUCUUGAUAUACUGCAAAUGAUGAAAACCCCAAAUUCUUUGCGUUUUUAUGUUGAUAGACAUUCUUAAAUUGUUGAACUAUUUGCCACACAGUACUGAACCUCACCUCAUCCUUACUCAUCCCCUCUGGGAUACCCUUUUCAUACUUGGUCAUGAUACUGAGCUAUUGAUGAUUAAGUAAAGGUUUUUAAGCAUUACACAACUUUUCCAGUCUUUUGUUGCCCCAUCCCAACUUUUUUGUAAUGUUUGCUGGCCUCAAAUUCAGAGUAAACUAAAAUAAUUUUAUCUGAACAUUAGCAGUUUUUGUAUUGUUACCAAAUGAAUAUGGGGUAAAAGGAGUUUCCAAAACAUUGUUUUUAUAUUUUAUACAGCAUUCCAAUUUUUUUGGAAAUGGGAUUGUAUAUAGGUUUGCAAUGCUUGCCCAAAGUCCCACAUGUAAAGCUGGUCAUCAGUGGGAUUAAAUGCUCUAUCGCACCCUGGACAUACUACCUUAAUGAACUGUCAGUGCACUUCAGUUUCUGUAUUACAUAUCAGUUUUGUUAGCAAUUUUCACUGC